UGACAGGAGAUUUUUUUUAUCUAUGAAUUUUCAUAGUGGGCGAUCGUCAUUGAAUUUUGAAUUUAUUGUCAAUUUCGAAACCAAAUGACCGCUGUUUCUGUGGUCACAUAAAAUCGUCUCACAGGGAAUAUUGUGCCAAACAUGUUGCGCGCUGUUCUCGAUACGUUUUGGAGCGAAAAUGUGUGGUUGCCGCCGAAUACAACGUGGGCCGACUUAGCUCCCGGGCCAGAUAAGGAAGUGGUGUAUACGGACCAUAGGCACGUUUUGUACCCUAUACCGUUAGCAUUUGUCUUUAUAGUCAUCCGAUACACCUUGGAAAAGUUUUGGUUUGCACCAUUCGGCAGAUCAUUGGGCAUAAAAGAUACUAGACCAAGGAAAGCACCUACCAAUCCUAAGUUAGAGGCUGCAUAUAAGGCAAAUCCAAAAGUCAAGCUAUGCGGGCUGGCGAAGCAGCUGGACAUGACGGAGCGGCAGGUGGAGCGCUGGUGGCGCCUGCGCCGAAGCCAGGACAAGCCCUCCACGCUAGUCAAGUUCUGCGAGAACAUGUGGAAGUCCAUAUUCUACGUCGUCAACUUCUCUUUUGGAUUAUAUAUCCUGUGGGAUAAGGACUGGCUGUGGGACAUCGAUCAGUGCUACAUCGGGUAUCCUCAUCAGGGUCUAACCAACGACGUCUGGUGGUACUACAUGAUAUCGUCAGCGUUUUACUGGUCGCUCACCAUAUCCCAGUUCUGGGACGUGAAGCGCAAGGACUUCUGGCAGAUGUUCGUGCAUCACAUCGCGACCAUAGCCCUGCUGUCCUUCAGCUGGGUCUGCAACCUCCAUAGGGUUGGGACCCUUGUGCUGCUGCUGCAUGACUGCGCUGAUAUAUUUGUUGAGUCAGUGAAGGCGUCGAAGUACGCCAACUACCAGAAGCUGUGUGACGCGCUGUUCCUGAUGCUGACCGUCGUGUGGAUCGUGACCCGCGUCGGCAUCUUCCCAUUCUACGUCAUUUGGAGCACAUCAAUCCGCGCGCCGAUGCUGCUGCCGAUGUUCCCAGCGUACUACAUAUUCAACUCGCUGCUGACUCUACUGCUGCUCUUGCACAUCGUAUGGACCUGGCUCAUCCUGCAGAUCGCGUACAGGGCGCUUAGUGCUGGACAGAUGGACGGUGACAUCAGGAGUUCCAGCUCGGAGUUGAGCGACAGUCCACAGAACUCCAACCACAGCUCGCCUACUAGACACAAGAAUAAAAAGGAAACAUAGACUGCACGUCAAGGUCUGCUGCGCUAGACCUUGUCCUGACCUUGACCCUGUGGUCGACAGGUAAACAUAAUGCCCAAAUUACCAACACUAUUUAUUCAUGUAUUUAAUUUAUACGGAUACAGUUCGGGAGACGAUUAUACAAAUACAAUGGUUAUAGGCUACUAUAUAUUUUAUUUUUUUAAAAUGUGCGCGUCCGUUUUAUCUGAAUCGGAGCGAACAGGCCGCAAGGACUGUUGGCAUAGAGUAGCUUCCAAAUCAGUUACUUUUUACUAAACGUCAUAACACGAAAUUACUAUGGAAUUUGUAUGAAAAAGCACUCUGUGACGUCAUAGAAAAACGUGACAAAAUCGCACUUAUUAUUACCGAUUCCGCUCAAAUAGACGCGUAGUUUUUAUACCGAUUCACAAAAAAAUUAGGACUUACUUACGCUUAAUAAUGUAGUAAUUCUGUUGACAGGAUCAUGUUUCAAUUUAAUUUAUUUAUUGUAAUGAAUUUGACGGAUAUAAAACCCGGUACCGAUCAAACACUCAUUUUUGAAUACCGUAUUUUAAAUACGUUAUAGAAAGGUUUGAUGUGAGAGUUUUUAAACAGUGUACUAAUCGGUACUGAACAUUGUUUUAAGAAGCUUUAUACCGGUACUCAUAAGUACCGUAAACCGUAUUUUAAGUUGUACUCUGUCUGCUAAUUCGAUGCAAAAAAGCGUUGUUUCUUUGUUUAUCACCUCCAUAUACAUUUAUUUACGGUCGUGAGUGUAUGUAUUAACAUACAUACACCAGUGAUGACCAGUGAUGUGUCCUUCCCAGAAAUGUUUCCAUUUUUGAAACUUUCCCGCCAUUAAAAAGGCGCAAAAUCUAUGUAAAAAGAGCUUUAUAACCUAACCUUUAAACUUAUCUUCAAAAGUCCAGAGUACAGGAAAGAACAAUUUGAAUCAAAUGGAAUUCCAUAGUCUUUGCUUACCCCGGUGGGAACUAGGCGUGAGUUUAUGUAUACAGGUACUAAGCCUACAGUGUACAGGUAGUAGCCUUACAAUUUAUCUAAAAAAUAGACGUUUUUUGCAUCGAAACAGGAGUAAGGGUGUAGGUAUUAUCUUGUAGGCACGUUUUCUACUAGAUUCUCUACGUUAGAACACUAUUAUUGGGACCACGUAGUUGGAUUUAGUUGUCUUUAUACAUUUUCUCAAAAUUCUCGGUGUAUUUUUUUAAUGUUUAGCGAUAUAUGCAUGGAAAUUGAAUAAUGAAUAGAAAUAGUAUUGAUAAACGUUGAUUAAAAUGAAAUGUUAUUUGACAGUUAUUUAUUAUGUCAUUUUUUAUGUCACAAAUGAAAUAGGACUGACUAUUACAUUUAAAAAGCGGGUUAAUUUAUGAAUGUAAUAACCCUGAUUCCUGCAGACUCCUAAUUUUAUUUCAUGUUAAACCUGUUUUUGUAUUAUCCGCCCAAAAGAAAAGGGACGAAUAAUCAUUCGACAGCUGUUAAUUUAAAAUGAAUGAGUGAAUGAAUGAAUAACCCGAGCGGAUCAAAUAGGCAUCUGCUGGUAUGUAGUCCGUUUGACGUAUUCUGUCAACUUAAUUCUGUCGGGUUAUUAGCUAAUGUAAAUUUUUGAGCUUUUAAAUAUAAACUUCCAUAUUCUUCCGUCUUCAUCUUCCAAGUUAAUAGAAACGUCACAAAAAUUACAUUUAUGUCAGAAUGUAGAAUUUGAUCCGGAGUCAAGCCAGAUCGGUCCUGUGACUGGGUCAAAGAUAAAUUAUAAAAUGCUAAUCUAGAAACAGAAGCCAGUUUAAGAUGAUUAAAAAUAUUUUUUUUCUUGGAAUUAUGAGCAUGAGACAAUUUACACUUUAACAAUAUUCCGUAAAUACGCUUCCGUUAUUAUUCUUCAAAUUGAUAAAGUAAGUACUAUGGAUAUUUAGUAUUUUUUUUUAUUCUGUCAGUCCUAUUCAAUUUUUGACAUUUCCUACUUAAUAACGCGCACUUAAUGUUGCCAAAUAAUGAAGCGUUUCCAGUGUAGCAGCAUUUAAGUCUCAUUGCCAAAUUUUGGCGAAACAUACAGCGAGUUAGUGAUACCGUAACGAAAACUUUGAGGGAUGAUUCAGACCAUGAUUUCGAGUUGAAAUCAAAUGGAAUUUUCCGACAGGGCCGAAUCAUCCCCCUCAGUAUUCGGUACGGUGUUACUAAUACCAUGUAUAGAAAAAAUAAUUAUAAUUUAUUUGGCCAAUAGGUAAAGGUAGGUACUAGAUGUUCUAGCUGUUGCUAGAGAAAUACUGCCUAGGGAAAGAACCAAAAUUAUGUCAGAAAGAGGCUUAAUCAAGAGUGGAUUUUUGGUGGUAACAUUGUAAAAAAAUAAAAUAUAUUUAAAACGAUUAAAUCUUUUCAAUGUCAAACAAUUUAAUCGAAAUUGGCGAAUCUUACCGAAAAGUAGAAUUUAUAUCUUUUUUUUUGUGAAAAUUAAUAAGUAAAAAUAAAAAUCUCACUGCUGGCAAUGAGACGCAACCCAGUCCUUUUUUACGUAUAGCAAAUAUUAAAUAACUACUUAUUUAAUGAGAUUGUAUUUUACUAAAUCUUCUUGUAUAUUUGUUUAACUAAUGUUACCUAUAUAUAAUCUUUGAUAUGAAUAUAGUUAUGAAUAUGAUGUGAUUAGUAUUUUUGAUGUUUUACAACACUAUGGCGGGGUUUAGGAGCUGAAUGUUGUGGUUACUUUUUUUUUUGGGAAAAAAUACUAUGUCAAUGACUUGUUGGAAGGCCUAACGGUCUGCUAAGUAACUGCUUCUUGAAAUAAUAAAAAGAAAGUUAUCACAAAUUCAGAUUUCAAAAAGUGUAGAAAUUUUUGGUAUUCUAGAAUAGGUGCUUGUCAUAAAAUUACAACUUGCAAUUUUAAGCAUGGUAACACUAACACUAGAUGACUGUGCUGCUUAAUUUCGUAAUUUCUAGUUUUACGAAAGUAUCGAAGGACUUUGUAACUUAGUGGGAAGACAUUUAUAAAUACUAUUUCAUUUGUGCAAAGUUAUUUUGCACUAAGUAAUUAAGUUACUUUAGGGUUUAGUGGGGUAAAUGUGACGCGGCGAGCAAAACCAAGAAAAAAAAUAAAAAAUAUUAAUUCUACACUCUUAAAAAAUGUAGUAUACAUUCAAAAAUCGUACCAGCAUCUAUGUAAUAUUCGCUUUAUGUAAUACCACAUUUGCUUCACUAAACUAUGUUUAAUUUAAAAAUUCAGUGGCAGAAACAUUUCCAAAGAGAUUUCUUUCUCGUAAGUACGGGUUUUCAAUUAAUACAUUCUUUUUAACUAAUUCCAACGUGCUAUCUUCUAAGUUAUCAUCACAAACUGUUUAAAUUUUGUAUUAAAAUGUAUUUUAUUUGUGAUUUUCCGUCCUACGAUUGCUUCUAAAAGUCUGUUUUUUGACGAGUUGCAUUUUUUUUAAUGUAGAUCAGGCUUUAGGGUGCGACCCCAGAGGUGGGAUUGUACCUUUUUAAAAUUUGGUAAAUUUUCUUUAAACGUCGAUUUAGGGAGUCAGCGCAUAUUAUAUUUUUUGUGUUAAUAAUUUUGUUUAAGCAUUCUUUAAUUAAUUAAUAUCUUAAUCGGAAAAAAUGUAUAACUUUAAUUGUUUUCUUUUUUUUAUCUGUUGAUCUCUAGAUUCUUUCUUGCAUUUCUAAUGGUGCUGAUUCUGCCAAGUAAAACUUUAUUUUAUUUUAGUCUGGCAAUUCUAAAAAUAGUGCCGUCCUUCACUUACUACGAGUGCAAGACAGAGAUGAAGCUAGUUUUAGAACUGUCAAACUACAUUUAAAUUAAGUUGGUGUCUGCUUGAAUCAGUACGAAUAUUUCCAUAUUAACAUUUUCUUUUAGUAUAGUUGUAUUUACGUAAGGGUUCAGUACAAACGCAGCCACUGAAUUGUCUUCGUUCGAAUUUGUUUUUAUAUUAGUAUUUAGUGGCGUAUCGGAUGAUAAAUAUGAAUACAGUUUUGGAUGGAAUUACUUUUUUGUUUAGGCAAACCUCAUCGCAUGGCAUUAUUUGAAUCUUGAAUAGGUAUUUUAUUCGUUACGGAGGACAAGAGUCCUAGUACGGCUUUGAUUUAGACGAAGGGCGCCAUCCCACUCGCGUCAGACAGAGUACUGCAGGGAAAAAAGGCAAGAGGGAAACCAUUGCUCUAUUAUUCCCUAAAAAGUAGCAUGGAGGAUGCUACACCGACAAGAGCGUGGCUUUUAAAUUAGUGAUGUGAUGAAUUUAUUCCUUUUUUAAAUAAAGUAUGUACAGUCAUGAGCAAUGUAACGUACCCACUUUAGGACUCUGUCGCACUAACAUAUUUGACAUUUAGUGAGACUUACAGUUCAAUUUGUCAAAAAUGUUAAUGUGACAUGGUGCCAAAGUGUAUACAUAUUAAUGCUCGUGACCGUACUGCAUGAGUAUUAAUAUUGUGCGAGAUUAAUAGUCAUUAGAGAAUGUUACAAAAUAAAACUUGAAUUAU